AUGCUACCUGUUAAUCCUCAGAAGCUUGUCGUCCUUGUUCAUGGUGGUCCAAAUGCCAGAGAUACUUAUGAAUUCGCGGAAGAGAACGCAUUCCUAACGAACAGAGGUUAUGCUGUACUCCAGGUGAACUUCCGUGGAAGCACUGGUUUGGGUAAACGUUUAGUAAGCGCUGGCAAUGGGGAGUGGGCGAGAAAGAUGCACCUCGACAUAUUGGAUUCGGUCAAAUUUGUUGUGGCAAAAGGGAUUGCAAAUAAAUCUCAGGUUGCUAUCAUGGGUAAGUAUGCGGCAGUUUAUUUCGUGCGCUAG